UGUGUACCAUUUGGUUAAGAUAUCGUGCUAGCCAGAAAAGUAAUGGAAAGCCAUAUCAAUCAGUAGAUUUUAGUGGUUUAUCUUGGACAAUAUGUCUGAUAUAUUGUGCCGAUGGCUGAACUCAGAGCUUCGGCUGUCAAAAGUCGUGGAGCAGUCCACUAUUCACAUGGAUUUUUCAAAUGGGUAUUUGAUCGGUGAAGUUUUGCAUAAGUAUGAACUUCAGAAUGAUUUCGACCAGUUCUCAAAGAGCAGCUCAUCAAAUGCUAAGCUUAACAACUUCACAAGGAUGGAACCCACACUUCACCUGCUUGGGGUGCCCUUUGACCUGGCCCUGGCAAAGGCAGUCAUGCAGGGCCAGCCUGGGGCAGCCACACGGCUCCUGUACCAGCUCUUCAUCCUGCUGCAGAAGAAGAAGAAGGCAGGGCUCACUGGCACGGCAAUGGAGACCAUGCAGCCGGCCGCCACUGCCCGCCUGCACCGGGUAGAGAAUGACAUCUACACCGAGCGUCUCAAAAUGGUGGUCAAGAGAGAGGCAGAGCUCAAGAUGCAGCUGAUAAGCCAGCGGUACGAGACGAAAGCGCAGGACAUGUACAACAAGUCAGUCAUGGCGGAACUGGUGGAGGACCAGAAACGGCGGCAGGAACAGGAGCAGCUGAGACUUCAGGAUAUAGAGAAGCACAGACUGGCCCGCAAGAAACAGCAGGAGAUCAUGAGUCGCAUUCUGACGGCCAGCAUCCAGAUUCCUAAGCCCCCGCCAAACCGCACGCUGAAAGCCUUGGAGAGGCAACGCCACCAGAGGAAACAGGUGGAGGCCAAGAAUGUUCAUCUGGAAAUUGCCCAGUUUGAGAAGAGCAUGAAGGGACUGUCUGCUCCAGGACUGAGUGAUGCAGAGGUGGCAUUCGACUGCAGCAUGGACACGGGCCAGGUGUCACUGCAUCACACCCUGAGCCCAGACGAGAUGGUCAAGGCCAACGCGGAGUACGUCCAGAAGAUCCGCCAGCGCCUGGAGGAGGACACGGCGGCCCGCGAGCAGCGGGAGAAGCGGCGGCGCCGGGUUCUGGUGGAACAGCUUCGGGCCCACGAGGCCCAGGAGGAGGCGCUGCGCGAGGAGCAGCUGGUGGAGCGGCUGAUGCGCCAGUCCCAGCAGGAGAAGCGGCUGGCCGUGCAGCUCAUGCAGGCGCGCCAGCAGAAGGAGGUGCUUCGCCAGAACCGCGUCCUCCGCGAGAGGCAGUACCAGGACCAGCGCCAGAGGGACUUCCAGGAGGCGCUGGACAGGGAGGCGGCUCUAGCCAGGCAGACCAGACUGGAGCAGACAGAGGAGGCCCAGAAGGAGAUUGAAUUGCAUGAUAGGAUUGCAGCAGAGCGGGCCCAGGCACAGUACAGGAAGCACUAUGACUUCUGCAAAGAGGUUCUGGAGCAAGUAGUGGACCUGGCCACCAAAGCUGGGGAGUAUCGCUUCUUCACUACAAACGUCAUCCCCGCUAAGAUGAUGCGAGAGUGGAAGGAGCUGUUCUUUAGUGGGAAGCCCCUGUAUGAGCAGGCCUGUGUGGACCCAGCGCCAGCAGAACCCACCCCAGAGCAGCUCAUAGAGUUAGAGAAGGAGGCGCUGCUCAGUAGGCAGGACUAUGAUGAGUAUGUGAGCAUGACAGGGGACUGGGCUUGUCCUGAGGAGGGAGAUCCAAAGAGCCCACCAUCCAACAACGAUAUCCUUGGACACAUAGUGCACCGGCUGCAGAACAUUGUGAACCCCCCCAAACCCAGGACCCCGCCACCCCUGUUUCCUGGCUUCUCCCUGAAAGCCUGUGUCCUCGGAAAAGUUCUCUCUGGGAAGACGACUUGCCUGUCCAAAAUUGCACAAGUCCAUGGCAUCCAUGUCCUCUCAGCUACAGUUUUGAUUGAAGAGGCCCUCGCUGCAUUUCAAGCAGGCGAAACAGAAGUAGUCGAGAAGAGAGAGUGUGAGGCUCUAGAGGGUAUCCAUUCCCCUGAUAAGGACGCCGAUGAGUCAGAGAGAGAAAGUGAGAAAGAGGAGGCGCUCGCGUCACAUGAAGAUGCUACACCGCCAGGUGAGGAUCCUAAGCAGGAAGGAACUCUAGAGACAGAGGUCACACCUCCGUUGUCCAUGAGAGCGCAGCAUGGAGCCGCAGUGGAGAGAGUCCUGAAGGAAGGCCGGGCGGUCCCCAAUGGGCUUCUGGUGGACAUCAUUGUCAAUGCCAUUAGGCAUGUUCCAGCAGGGUGUGGCUGGAUUUUGGAUGGGUUCCCUGUGGACGUGGCUCAGGCCAAGCUCCUGGAGAAAGCCCUGAGUGGCUCGGACCCCGACAAGCCCAGCGCGAAGAGCAGCAAGGCCACCCUGGCCGUGGACAAGAACGUGCCUCAGGAGGCGCCCCCCUCCCCCAGAGCCCUGGACCUGGUCGUCCUCCUGGAGGUGGCGGAUGACGUUGUCCUCGACCGCGCUGCUAAGCAGGCCAUAGUUAAGGAGCAGAGCACUGCCCAGGUGAAGGACGAUGACCAAACACCUGACGGAGAGGUGCCUGCUACUCAGCAAGACACAACUGCACAGGCCGUCAGAAGCUCCUCAAAACUUAACCUGAAGGGAAAACAGCUCCAGCACUGGAUAACAGGGUUCCAGGACACCUGGCCCAAACUGGAGAAGUGGUUUUCAGGGAGGCAGAAUGUUCUGGUAAAGAUCAGUGCUCAAGCAGAUGAAGAGACAGUCUUCAAAAGAGUUGAAGAAAUUCUCCAAGACACCAUAAUUAUCACUGAGAAAGAUGGGAUUGCUGCUCAAUCGGAGUCGGUCUCCUCUGUGGCUGAACCACCUCUGUCCCUGACCACCCCCGCUGCCUCCACAUCUGCUCUGGCCCUCGAGGGCCUGACCGCCCAGCGCUCCUGCUCCAAGUCCAUGACCCAGUCCCCCAGAGCAUCACACAGUCAAAUAGAGGGAUCCAAAGAAAAAAAAUCAACUCACUCCAUCGAGGGGAGGGACUCACGCCGUCAACUAUCUGGAAAACCCUCUGGAAAACUCUCUGGAAGUGGCCUGGCCCAAGCCAGAAGGUCAUCAGUGUCUUCAUCCUUCGAGCAUGCUCUCGGGCAGAGCAACAGUCCAGACUCAGCUGUUCCAGGGUCAGACAACUGGGUGUACGUGGACGAGCCUUUGGCUAAGGAGGUCUCUGAGUAUCUGGUUCCCUACUGGGACAACGUGUGUGAUUCCUAUGUGACAAACGUGAAGGCGGUGAUGCAGAACUUGCGCAGGGAGAGAAACCUGAUAAUCCAUCACCUGCACAGUGUGAGCGAUGAUUUUAAGCAGUACCUGAAGCGUCCCGACCUGAAGCAGGAGUUUGUGUGCCAGUGGCAGCAGGACUACAACAGCAUCCCAGACGACAUGAGGGAGGACGAGGAGACCCAGGCAGAGCUGCACCAGCGCUUGGAUGACCUGCGCGAGCGUCUGUGGGACAUCUGCGACCGGAAGAAGGAGGAGGCGGAGCAGGAGCGGGCGGCGCUGACGGGCGACGGCUGGCUGGAGGACCACGCCGCGCUGCUCCACAACCACUUCUACUCGCUCAUGCAGGUGGAGGUGGACCGUUUCCAGGACACGCUGCGUCUCUUGCGGGACUACUACUACAGCAUGGGUGGGACCGUGCUGCCGGAGGCACCUGCGGACUUCACCUGCAUCCCCCUGCUGGACAUCGUGGAGGACGAGGAGGCCAACGCUGGAGAAAAAUCCAGAAGCAGCCCCCCUGGCUCAGCGAUCCCCGACAGAGCCAGCAAAAGUGGCGGGAAAAAGGACUCAGAUGGACCAGAGGAGAAGAAAACCAAAAUCGUCCCCCUGAUUGCAAGGAGGCCCCUCACUGCAGACUCAGCAAAGCUGGGGGCCUCGUCACAAUCCGAGGAGAAGCUGGUCAAUGACACGUACCAGGCUGCCCUGACGGCCGUAAACAACCUGAUGCAGGCGGAGCUGCAGCAGCAGGAGGCGGAGGAGAGCCGAGACCAGCAGGUGCUGGAGCGGGAGCGUCAGCUCUGCAUGUCCCAGGCCUCCGCCGCCCCCAACUCUGCCAAGGACAAGAAGAAGGGAGCAGCAGGAGCAGGAGCAGCCAAGAAGAAAGGUGCGUCCCCAGCCCAGGAGCCCAGUCCUCCACUUGUGCUUGACCUGCAGGAGACCCGCAGGGUGGCCGUCAGGACCAAGAUCAGGCAGGAGUACCUGGCAGCGCUGGAGCACGAAGAUCGUGCGGUGAAGCAGCGUCUGGAGCUGGUCAAGCGGCAGGCUGUGGAGACGGUGCUGAGCCUGCAGACCCGCGCUGACCGCACCUUCAGCACCCUGGAGGACUGGCUGGGCGCUCGCUUCCUGGCCGAGAUGGGCAGCAUCGAUCAGCUGGCAGAGGUGGCGCGCCACCACAUCGAAUCGGCCACCAAAGUCCCUCAGGAGCUGGUGCUGGUGUGCACCGACUUCUUUGUGGAUGGGGACCUGCGCGUGCUGGCCAGCCCCAGCCCUCCCCCGAGGCCCCCCCCACAGGAGAUGCCCGUGGACACCACCCUCACCAUCCUCCAGCUGCAGGCCUUCUACAGCCAGCUGCUCAAGGUCGCCCCCUCAGGAAUGCUGCCCAGUAAUGAAUUCUCAGAGAUCCUAAAGGAGCUGACAUCGAUGAACAUGGGGGACAACGACCUGCCAGACACCUGGAUGAACAUCUCAGAGUUUCAGAUCCUGGACCUGGUGAGCGUCCUGUCUCAGGACUCGGAGAUGCUGGACUGGCGCCUGUUCCUGCUGAGCGCCGCGCUGCCCUGGCCCAUGCCCACCAAGCAGCACCUGCUCCAGGUGCUCGACCGCUUCCGGGCCGCCGACCCCCAACACACGGGCUUCAUCACAGAAGACCAGUACCUGCAGAUGGAGCUGUGGUUUACAAACGAUGACACUUUAACAACUCCCGAUGACCCCUCUGAACCGUUGCCAUAUGACAGGCUGGCGAACCUAAAGAAGUUUUUCUUCACGCUGUUUGCGGAGCCCGACUCGCCUGCGGUCCGUCUGGACUACAUGGACAUGCUGCUGUACAUGGCCGCCCACCGAGACGCCGUCCAGGGCUUCGUCCGAGCCCUCAGCCUGGUCACUGGACAGCCUCUGCACUACCAGUCCCACUCCAGCCCACUGCUCAAGUCGGUGCUGUGCAUAGGAGAGGAGGCGGAGGAGGUGGCUGAGGAGGUGGCCGAGGCGGAGGAGGAGGAGGAGAGGCCUGAGGAUGCUGGCGGGGAGGGGGUGACCAUUGCGGCCCUGCUGGACGUGGUCUGCCACAGACACAGCAAAACCUCCUGCCACAACCCCUUUCAGCCGAACCUCAGGAGCAAGGAGGAGUACAAGGAGGAAUUCAUUAAGAUCUACAAGGGUCUGGGCUUUGGGCCGGAGGAGAAGGCUCCGUUCUCAAUUCUGACCCAGGUGCCCUGGAUACAGAACCUGAUGGAGAACGCUCCACAGUACCAACUCCCUGAUAUCCAUAGGAUCCUGUAUGCCCAGCAGAGCAGGAGGGAGGCCUUGGGCUUCAGCAUGGCAUAAGCUACACCAUCCAAAUGGAAGUACCCACUGUAUCUCAGCAAUAAACUGGCUUGUUCUUUA